ACUCAGACACCAAAUUUUCAAGCAUUGUUACCCCAACCUACCCACAGGCAAGGACACCCUUAUCCUAAAUAUGGAUAUUGAGGACUACAAAUACCAAAUAUCAUCCCUUUUCCUUAAAAGAAUUCUGCAGCUCAUUGUCUCAAUUGCUUUGUUUUCAAUCUUUCUUUGUUACUCUUCUGGAUUCUCUUGGUUUCCCCAGUCCUUCAAUGUUUACUUCUCCACAUAUCUGUUCUCCUUCUUUACUCACACCCUUGAGAGGAAGUACAUGUUUCUUAUGUGCAAUGGAAUCGUAGCUAUUCUUGCCAAAAGCAACAUUUCUUCUAGUUCUUCACAUUCAGAGUCAUCUGAUGAGAAUUAUCUCGGUGAAAGGGUAUCAAUAUCAUCAUCAUCAAACUUCAUCCAAACGAAACCAUCGCUUGCUGAGGAAGAGCUCAUGGCAACGCCUGAAGAAGAAGAAGAACAAGAAGAUGACAUAAAUGGAGAAGCAGAAGAACUAGAAAGUGAACCUUUGCAUGUAGAAGAAGAAGAAGAAAGUGAAGCGUCUGUUGUUGUUGAAGAUGAUGAAGGAGAGAGUCAGUCUUUGGUGAAGGAAGAAGAGCCAGCAGAAGAAGCAGCAGCAGCAACAACUGCAAAUGAAGAUGGACCGAGCACCGACGAAUUAAACAGAAAAAUUGAAGAGUUUAUAAGGAAAAUGAAGGAAGAAAUCAGGAUUGAAGCUCAACAACAACUCAUUGCAGCAGCGUAAUUAAGUACUUAUGCAUGUUUCCAAAGAGUAAAUUAAACCUCAGGUCCAGUGCUUUGGUCUCUUUUACGAUGACUAAAAGCGCCAAUGUUUUAGCCCUUCUCAAUUAGGUCCUUUUUCACUGUUGUUUGUUUGUACUUUGUUUUUUUCUCUUUCAGCCUGUUACACCCAAGUUUUUUCUCCUCCAUUGUAAACAUCAAGAAGUGUUCCUUCCUUUCUCAGUUCUUCCCAUCAUUUCAGAUAUUUUUCUUCUUCUUGUUGUUGUAAUUUCCAAAUCGUGAUAAGACUGCAAA